CGCAUGCGCAGAGCAGAGCAGCAGAGGCGCAAGAUGGCGGCGAGUACCGCGACCCGCACCGGCUCCGCGGCCGCUAAAGUCGUGAGGCCGAUCUUCAGCCGGGACCUGGACGAGGCCAAGCGCAGGGUUCGGGAGCUGUACCGGGCCUGGUACCGGGAGGUGCCCAACGCAGUUCACACGUUCCAGCUGGACAUCACUGCGCGUCAGGGCAGAGAUAAGGUGCGAGAGAUGUUCGACAGGAACAGUCACGUGACGGACCCUCGGGUCAUCGACAUGCUGGUCAUCAAGGGCAAGAUGGAGCUGGAGGAAACCAUCAACGUGUGGAAGCAGAAGACUCACAUCAUGCGCUUCUUCCACGAGACCGAGGCGCCGCGUCCCACAGACUUCCUCUCCAAGUUCUACCACGGACACGACCCUUGACCUUUGACCCCUAACGUGUGCUGUCAUUUUCUGCUUCUGUACUGUAAAUACACUCAUGCUAAUACA